CCAACGCUUUACUCCCGAUGCUCUGGCUUCGUGAGCGAUCGACUCUGGAGUGAAUUGCUUGCAUUUUACUACGCAAAAUACGCGAAUCGGAAUCAGCUAAACGUUUUCACACUCUACACAGUGCCGAUUAGCAAUGAACCAGAAAUCGGUUUGCUGCUGUUAUCAACACACGAGAAUCCACGUUCCAAGAGCAUAAUGCUUGCGCUGGUUUGGAUGAUUUGUGCCGCGAGCAACAUUGCGUUGGUGACCUCCAACGUGAUAAAGCCCAGUGGAAAAAUAACCAUCUCGCCGAGCGUUGUAGAUCUGGACAGCAACGUCACGUUCUACACCGUUAGCUGUCGGCUUGAAGACGCACAGGAUGGACUGGACAGCAGCUUGCUGUUCAUUGAGUUGCAAAACGAGAGGAUUGAGUCGGAGAUUCUCAACGAAAGCACAAUCGUCGCAGUGCAACCGGUCAACGGUGGAGUGCUGGAAAGCUGUGGCGUACGGAAGUACAUUUGCUACAGCGGAGGAUCCGGGCUGGACGUAGCCAGGGUCACCGUUGGGUGGAUUCCUGCGAAGAUUCUCCCGGCGGAGGUUCGGUGCAUUUCCGAGGAUUUGCGUGACUUGCGGUGUGAAGUGCCUAUUAAACGUCCGUGUGAUUUGGAGACGAGCUACAAGAUGAUGAUGAAUUACCGUUUUGGGAGUAGCUUGUGCAGUGUUGAAGUGGUUGGGGGUAGUUUGGUGUAUGAUAGUAGUGAUGAGAAUCAGCGAUGUAUGUACAGGAAUGGAGCGGAGGUUUUGAGGUUUGAAUUGGAAGUUAGCAACGCGAUCGGAAGUAGAGUUAUGUCGUUUGAGUUGAACAAUUAUGAUCUUGUGAGACCUGGUCCGGUUAGUCGGUUACGAGUGACUAGCGUGACUAGCAGAGAUUUGGAAAUACGAUGGGUUGAAGAGAUGUCGUUGGACCACUUACAGCGUACCUUUGAGUACCAGUUCCAGUUGAUCUCAGAUUAUGGAAGUAACAUAAGCACAGUCGAGAAGACUCCCACCAUGAUUUACCAGUAUUCAGAGAAAAAUCUGCAACCCUUCACAAACUACACUUUAAAAGUGAGACUUCGAUUGGUUCCAAACUCACAAAGAUCAUUCGAUGAUCAGUACUGGUCAGAAUGGAGUUCGGUUUCGUUCAAAACUUUGGCCAGCAAACCAGAUCAAGCUCCGAAGACAGUCCCAGGAGCGUUUAGCUUCAAAGCUUGGCAUGGUAAGCUAGCAACGUUCGAUGUCUACUGGGAACACAUUCCGGAAUAUCUUCAAAAUGGACCUGGAUUCAGGUAUAACGUUUCUGCAGUAUCCAAUACCGGACAGAUAUUCCACCCAGUUCAAAGUUCUUCAACAUCACCCAUGGCAACAUUCGAAAACAUGAACAAUGCUCACUAUCGAGUCCAAAUAUCCUGCUACAACGACGAAGGAUCUGUCGAAAAUCACAACGAAUUACACGUGUUCCCUCCCAACGCAUCCCAUCAACCAAAGAUCAAACGAGUACUCAACAGUGUCCACUUCGAGGUGUCCUGGUAUGCACCAACCCACCAACAAGAUUUAACCAGUUACACCGUAAUGUACUGCAACUAUACCUCCGCGAACGUCUGCCAAGACUCGAUCCGAUUCGCCGUGGUUCCACCAAACACCACCAAACUCAGAAUCUCCUCAACCCAAACACUAAACUUUGCCGUGUCGGCAAACUUUGCCCACUUUUCAACGCCCCUGUCCUGGCAGGAGUGCAUCGUGUCCCCGGCGGACGUCGGAAUCGGACAGCCAAAGUUCGACGUCAUCGAUGUGCGGGGAGAUUCGCUCGUGUUGUUGUUCAACACCGGUUGCAUCGAGCGAUCCUUCUACGACCGGAUGAGGCUGUUGGUGUGGAAGGGGUCGGAAGUGGUUUUGAGGGCUGAUUUUGAGCCGUACCGGGAUCGGUUUGCCGUGCAGGGAUUGUCGCCAGGGACGGAGUAUGCGGUCCAGGUGUUGGCGUACGACGGGCUUGGAAUGGUUCAACACACACGGACGGUGGUCACAAAGGCUGUCAAUGACAACUUACUCAAAGCCAUUUUCUUCAUAUCAUGUGGAAUGCUCAUGGCCCUGACAAUCUUCACUACUGCUGCUAGAAGGGUUCGAAAAGUCUUUGAUAUCAAAGUCGAAACUCCACUGCAACUUACUGUGAGCAAACAAUUUCCAAAUGAAACAUCACUUCAGCCACACUCCGAGGGUGACGACCAGGAUAAUAACUCUGUAUUGGUUCAGCUAACAUCAAAGACAAAAUUAAACGAUUUCGAUACUUAAGGCCAAAUGCUUUUUCUUCAUUCGCAGUAGCAGUAGUUCCAGAACGCCAUACGAUUACUUACAAAGAGAUUUAUGAAGACUUUUUAGUUUAAACAAAGAUUAAAUAAAUGAAGAUUAC